ACCAUGUCCACCGGUGGCCGUAUGUAGAACAGCGGCGAGCCAGCGUAUUCGACUUGCCAGAAGCCAGGUGGUAUUGAAUAUUGAACGCCCAUAGCCACCGCGCAAAUGGCGCUUCGCGGACACAAGGCGCCUAUUCUAGACUCUGCCUUAUACCGCCACCUCGACCAGAGCGAGGAACAAGUUACCAACAUGUCUAUCAUCCUUGCGACGUCUUCGUCGAUGCCGACGCUACACACCACUACUAUGGCAUCUGAGAAGAGUAUCAAACGCAAACUCGAGGAUGCGAUUCACACCCUGGACGAGGCGGUCGCCCCCACAGCAUCGCAGCUUGAGCAGCAGCCUCCAGCGAAGAAGCAGAGAACGAGCAAGAACCUAUACGCCACCCUUGCGAAGUACGGGAUACGAAAGGAGCCUAAGGCUGCACAGCACACGAACGAACUAGAAACCCUUUCGAAAACCGCUCCGCACCUAGCUGCGAUCCUCACCCGCAGCGCGACACGCACAAGACAGGCAUUGCCCUGGAAGCUCGGGCACUCGCAAAGGCCCGCCACAGCACCCUCCUCGACAACCGAAUACCGCCCGUCCUCAAUGCAAUCUUUCCUCUCACGCCUCUCCACGUUCAAGCUCUCCACUUACUCCAACAAACCUGCUGCAAUUGACGCAGUGGCCGCAGCCAAGUGCGGCUGGGUGAAUGAUGGCAAGGACCGCCUCGUGUGUGGGAUAUGCGACGUGUCGUGGGUCGUUGCGGGGCGCGAGGGCAUGAGCAGAGAUGCUGCCAAUACUUUGGUCGAGAAGCAGCGUGCGCAGCUGGUGGAUAUGCACAAGGACGGCUGCCCAUGGAAGACGAGACAAUGUGACGACUCCAUAUACAGAAUAUCAUUGCAAGCACCUGCCGCUAUGGCUAGGGAAAUCAAGUCGCGUGCAGCCGCGCUGAACUGUGUCAUGCAAGACGUCGAAAUCAAGCACCCAAUGACUUCCACCCAAAUACAAUCACUGCUGUCGACAAUCUCAAUCGUUCGUGUCCGGACAUUUGCCAUUCCGGACUCGGACUCAGACGAGCCCGUGUCCACUGAGAAUGGCGAUGCUUCCGAAGAACCACAGCCCACGGAAGCAGCUAUCAUCACGGCGCUGUUUGGCUGGUCGGUCCUGCCACCAGCCCCACCCCCGGAGCGGCCACGCACGCAGUCAUUGUCUCGCGCAAGCUCUGUGGCACCGUCGACGCCUGCGCGAACACCAACUCGCGCUGCGUCCGUGAUGUCUCUGCGAGAAAGCACGCCUACGCCAGGGACACCGAGCCGAGCUCGCCCGAUGCUGGGUCAAUCAAGUAGCCGGGCCUCGACACCAGCACCUGUAUUCGCAAAGCCGGACACCACCCUCCUGCAUUGUGCACUCUGUCAGCGCCGAGUGGGACUGUGGGCGUUCAUGUCCCCACCACAGACGAACGGCGACGCUCCGAGGUCUCAGCAACGCCGACAACUCGACGUGCUCCGCGAGCAUAGGUCAUACUGCCCGUACGUCGUGCGCUCGACUGGCGUACCAUCCAUGCCUGCGCCUUCAUCCGAGGGCGCAACGGCCUCGUCUGCGACCACGCAGCCAAGCAGCCAGAACACGGUCGAGGGCUGGCGCGCGGUACUUACUGUGGUGAUGAGGCAUGGGAUGGCACGCAAGCAGCGGGUUGGACACGGGCGGAACGGGAGCGGGAGAUCGGCGAAUGAUCCGUCCGCUUCGCAAGGGCAGGGUGAUCUACCCCAGGAGGGUGAGGCGGAGGUGGGCUCUGUGGAGGCGAUGGUUGCUGACGUGAAGAGUCGUGGGGGAAGGGAUCUUCUUAAAUACGUGAAAGGGUUAUUGGGAUAAGCUGGAUUGCGGAUCUUUGGUGUACACUAUUGCUGUUUUUCUCUCGUUGGUGCUGUGAAGGACACUCGUUGCUCUGCUGGUUGCUGUCUCUCGACGUCUUGUAAUAACAAUUGUGGAAUCAUCGCGCCCGCUGUGUCUGUUGCAAGUACGACUGAUGUCUGGAGAAGAGAGACGC